CACACCCAGAGAAGGUAUAUAAGCUCUGGGUUUCCAUCUCAAAGUCACUCUGCUACCUGCUACUGCUGCACGUUCAACUUUAUCUGAUCAUCACAACAAGAUGGAAUCAGGUCUUCAUUUCAUGGUGGUCCUGUGUUUGACCAGUGGACUGUGGACUGGAGCAAAUGCAGAGAAUAAGGCAGCAUCAGAUGACUGGUCUAAACGAUGCCCUCCUGGUUGGACUGAGUCUGACCAAAAGUGUUACAUGUUCCACUCUAGUAAAAAGGACUGGGCUGAUGCAGAGAAUUUCUGCACUACUAUCGGUGGAAAUCUGGCUUCCAUCCACACUGCAGAGGAGUACAAGUUAAUCAGAGAGGGGAUUCAGAUGGUGACUGGCACAAACAAAAACACUUGGCUACGAUGCAACAAAGGAUGGUGUGUGGCUGUGGAGUGAUGGUUCCAAGUUUGACUUCAAAGGAUGGGGCAAAGUGGAGCCCAACGGCCAGGCAAAAGAGAACUGCAUGGAGAUUAACUAUAAGGGACAAGAUUAUGUCAACGACACAAAUUGUGAUCAGAAGAAAUCUUUCUUCUGUUCCAAACCCCUGUGAAGACGCCCGCCG